GAAGUUGAUCAGCUCCGACACAUAUUCAAUAUGAAAUUCUUAGUUAUCCUCGCCAUCGCUGUGGCCUCCGCCGCCGCCGCUGAAAUUCCCACAAAUUACUUUGAUGUUCCCAACACAAAGUACGUCAGGUCUGAUGAAGCCACGGCUCCCAUCAUUAGGUCAGACUUCGAGAGCCACCCUGAUGGACACUUCUCUAGCGUAGUCGAAACCGGCAAUGGCAUCUACACCCAAUCCGAGGGUGUCGUGAAGAACCCCAACACUGACACCGCUGCUCUGGAAAUCAAGGGAACCGUCAGAUACACUGCUCCUGACGGCACCCCCGUGAACUAUGAGUACGUCGCAAACGAAGGUGGAUACCAAGUCGUCGGCAGCCACGUCCCCGUCCCUCCCCCAGUUCCGGAACUGAUCCUCCGCAGUCUCCAAUACAUCGCUGACCACCCUGCUCCCGUCGAGCGCGUCGUCAAGAAGCCUUAAGCUAUCAAGCGAACUCCGAUCCUAGUACAAAAACUACCUGUAUAUAUUUUGUUGGAAAGUACGAUUUGUCUCACGAUUUUAUUUUGUUAUUUUUCACAAGCAACGUGAAAAUGUAAAGAAAUGAGUUAGUAAUAAAGCGUGAUUUAAAAAACAAA